AUGGCACAUGAUCGUUCAACUCCCGCAACAACUCGUGCAGGUCCUUCAUUACUUGUCGCACGUAAUUUACUGCCCUCAAAUACAAGUAGUAAUACAAAUAGUAGUACUACUACCAGUAACAUCAGUUCGUCCGUAUCAACAAUAGCGGAACCUAAUACUAUUACUACUACACGACCACGACGUAAUGCUCACAAAUACAUUCGAGACGAUCGUGUCACUACAGCAACAUCAUCCUCAACAAUGUCCACGGCUUCAUCAGUCGACAAUCCAUCGUCUUGUUCAACCACGGAAAUAGCUGCAGCAGAUAAUACAAGACGUCUACGUCGUCAUACACAUGACAGUCAUUCCGAUCCGGACGUGGAAAAUCCAAGACCACAACGACGUGGAUCAUCUCCACAUCGUCAUCAUUACCAGCAUCAACGAUAUACAAGAAAUGGACUCGAAGCUUUUCGAGCUGAAAAAGCUGUGGGGUUACCGGAAAAUAGUACUGUGACUAGUGAUAUUGGGCCCGAGAAAUUUAUAGCCAAGGUGUUUGCCACGUCUUGUACAAAGAACGAAACUUUUGGCUCCAAGUUGAAGUCACCACCGGCAUCACCGGAAAAAGAAUUGUCUUCAUCAUCAGGUGGACAAGGAAGUGAUAAAGAAGAGAUGAUGAUGAUGAUGGCGAGUACGGAACACCAGAAACAGCAGCAAAAUUCAAUGAAACCAUCGCGGAUGGUUGUAAAACGACGAACAACAGGACCAGGUCAUAGUAACAAUAAUCGUCAGACGGUAGUAGGAUCAUCAUUGCCUGCUCGGGAGCCUUUGAUUCGAAGCGAAACACCAGGAAUGACCAAUAAUUCCCACAUGGAUUCUAGCAGUCUACAGAUUCCACCCACCAGCAGUCCAGGAGAGACGACAUACUGCUUAGAAAAAUGGCAAAUGCAAUUACAGAGGUCAGUUUCGGGACAUUCGAGCGGUACAGACGAUGAAUGCAACGGACGGGACCAAUCAUCCCCACGACGACUAUACAGCAAUCAGCGUAGUCGCCAGCUAAUGGAGAGCCCGCCACCGCCUGGUCAAGCAGCGACAACUAGCCGGAGGCGUCGAAAUGGCUCACCUUUGUUGGACCAGGCUAAAAUGCGAGAAAAAAAUCUUAGCUUGUCUCGUGGCUCAAAGUAUCCGGCAUCACCAGGAAUGAGUGGUAGAUUGCCAUCACCACCGCCUCCUUUGUCACUAUCUGUGGAUGUACAAAGCUGUGCUACGCCCCAUUCUUUGGCACGUAACGUUCUUCAUCCUGACCAUGAAUCAGAGCAUAAUGAUGAUGCUACGUCGAAGCCUCGAUCUGUUCGCAUACGGUAUGAGACUCCAGAACGCGGCAUGGGUAGCAAAAGAGAAAUUUCUCAUGCAUCAUUAGGCAAACUUGUCGCUCGUCUCACAGAUGCUCACCAGUUUGACACAGAGUUUCGUGACAUAUUUCUUCUGACGUAUCGUUCUUUUUGCUCGCCGUACGACUUUAUCAAGAAACUGUUGAAGCGCUACACGGCUGUGCUUUCGCUUUGUGGAGGCAUCGAUGCGGAGACAAUUGAAAAAACGCAGCAUUUGCUGAACCAAAUCACGCUAGAGGAGAAGAGUGAGCGUUUAUCAAAUGUUACAUCGAUUUCGACGGCGCGAUCUGAUAUCAACACGGGAAUGGAAGCUAACGUGUCCAUAAUGCGGCUGCUGAGUGUUCUUAAAUUCUGGAUCAAGGAGAGUGGUUUUAUUGAGCAGGAUCUUGCCAACGAUCGGAAGGCGCAAAAGAAACUCAUAAAUCUCCUUAACGAGAUUCAAAACACGUCACCUCUUCCAUCCAUUCGACGACACGCUGAGAACCUGCUGCUAACAGUCGCUCAAUUAUUGUCAUCGCAAAAGCAUCAAGCUCAAGUUCAGGCACAAGCACAGGCCCAGACAAAAACGCAAAUUCACAGGGGUCCCGUAAAAGUUCUUCCAUCUCCCCCUCUCGUGACUACAGCUUCAGCUUCGGCGCUGCCUGAUAAAUCAUACUCGAGGUCGGGAGGUGAUAUUCUUCAGGACCGUCAGAGCGCAGUAGCACUAGCGAAGGCACACCAGGUCAGCGAUCGCGAAGCAUCACAUUCGCGACAGCGAUUACAUGCUGCAGCCAAACUAGCCUUAGCACGAUCGUUGUCUGAUCCGAAACGGGAGAAAUCUAUGGUGAAACUUCGCACUAAAAACGCGAGUGGUGACAUUUUUCAGCUGCGAAAAAGUCGUUCGAUUCCUGCUGAAGCUGAUGGCCAGGCUGUAACAACAGCAUAUACGAAUGAUCGGAUGCUGCGUAAUGGAUCUCAGUAUCCGGUGCCCAGUGUCGUUGCUGUGGCGCCAAAAAUAGAGCGAGGUAUUACUACGGGUAGCGCCGAGGCCGCAAUCAAAGCAAAUGGCAAUGGCAAUGGCGCAGGAGGUUUCGACGAGAUCAUUCAGGAUACGUUGCAACGCGCUCGGCUUACGGCAGCGUCGCGUAAAAGCGCGCGCAUUAGUUACGAUAAAGUGGAGCCUCUGUCUGGAUUGGGUGCACAAGAGAUGGCCGAUCAGCUGACGCUGAUGGAGGCAGAUCAAUAUUUCUCGAAAUUGAACUCGCGUGAACUGACGAAUAAGGCUUGGACUCGUGAAAACAAACAUCGUGAUGCUCCCCACGUGAUGGCUUUGAUUGAGCUCUUUGACGCGACGGCAGAGUGGGUUUCGAGCGAGAUUCUGCACCCGCAAUUACAGGCCGUUGAACGCGCUAAGAUUAUCACACUUUUUAUUGAUGCAGCCGAUAAUUGCUACCAUAUGAACAAUUUCAACACGCUGUUUGAAAUUACUACUGGACUCUCGGCGCCUUGUAUUCGACAACUUAACACCACGUGGAGCCUGGUUACUGUGGCUGUUCAGGAAAAGUACCAAUGUCUUCAGCAAAUAUGUUCGCCUGAUGACAAUUAUCGCAGUUAUCGCCAAGCAUUUGCCCUGGUUGAAGGUCAGCCAAGGCUUGCCUGUUGGUUCAUCUUAGUGAAGGAUUUAUUCACGUAUGAGGAAGCGAUGAAGUCUAUGGAGGAUGGAUUGGUAAAUUGGCAAAAGUUUCGUAAGAUUUACCGUGUCAUUAGGGAGGCCCUUGACCGUCAGAAUUUCGACUAUGUGGCUGCUAGCUCCAACGGCAGUUGCUUAUUCAGGAAAGGCCGCGGCAUUUUGAGGCACGACAGAAAGUCGCAGAUUCACAUCCGGCAUCGGAUUGACACUAUUCGCAAAGACAGCUCCGUGUUGUAUCAGCUAGCGCGAAAUGCCAAUACACAAGAGAGUAUCCUGUUUGUGAACAGUUUAUCCGAGGCAGGAUUUCUGUAG